AUGUCGAAAGUCGGAGUAAUGGUCAUGGGGCCUGCAGGGGUGGGAAAAUCUACAUUUUGCAAUUCUAUGAUGGCGUAUAUGGAAUCACAGGGAAGAUCAGCCAAUCUUGUUAACCUAGAUCCAGCAGCAACAGCACAUGAGUACGAAUUUACUAUAGAUAUCAGAGACUUGAUUUCGUUGGAUGACGUCGAGGAUGAACUCAAACUUGGUCCAAACGGUGGUCUUAUUUACUGCUUUGAGUUCCUUUUGAAAAAUUUGGAUUGGCUCGAUGACCAAAUCGGAGAUUAUCCAGAUGACUAUCUUAUUUUCGACUGCCCGGGACAGAUCGAAUUAUACAGUCAUAUACCGGCUAUGCCAAUUGUGGUGAAACACAUACAACAGCAACUAAACUUUAACCUUUGCUGUACAUAUCUAAUAGAGGCUCCCUUUAUGGUUGAUAGAGCCAAGUUCUUUUCAGGAGCCUUGGAAGCGAUGUCAACGAUGAUUUUCAUGGAGCUGCCUCAUUUGAACAUACUUUCAAAGAUGGACUUGGUCAAAGGAAAGAUGUCGAAAAGGGAAGUGAGGAAGUUCUUAUGCCCAGAUCCAAUGCUAAUGAAUGACGAUGAGGUGCAAGACGAUCAAAAAGAUCUGAUUCUAACAAAUCCCAAAUACAGACGAUUGAAUAAGGCAAUAGCACAGCUAGUGGAUGACUUUGGAAUGGUGCAGUUUCUGCCUUUGGACUGUUCCGAUAGAGACAAAAGCGAGUCUCUAAGAACGAUCGUUACAUGCAUUGAUAAUAUGACACAAUGGGAUGAAAACCAGGAGCCAAAGGAUCCGGCUGAAGAUAUGGAAGAACCAGAAGAUCCAGAGGACCAGUAA